AUGUCGGUUAAGAACGACUUCUCGCGAAUUUUCGUGCAAUUCGUAGAGGAAUGCCAAGCGAGCGGCUUGGAAGUCGACCAAAAUUUCGCAUAUUUUUACGUGCAUUUGUUGGCGCGCGACGCACGUCUCGGCUUACGGCACGAAGCGGCGAAUAACUGCAAAUUGCUGCAACUAAAGCAGAAUGCAAUUCAGUUAUAUAAGAACAAGACAGAUCCUACCAUGUGCAAUCUACACAUGACCUAUUGUUUUCGAAAUUUCCGCGAAUUUAAUAUAAACCAUUUGAAAGAGAUCUACGAGGAGAGCUUUCAAACGAAGCUGCAAACGCUUAUCGCGGGCAUACUGCAGUAUCCGGAGACGAGCAAUGACAAGCAGCUGGACGAAAUGCUGUACAAGAUACAGGUCUUCAUAAUUGCCAGCUACAAUAUUGGCGACCCGAAGAAUCAUGUUCUCUUGAAGCAGACGCGACAAAGUCUUAAAAGCGUGCUCAGCCACGGCGAUCUGCAGAAUUUUGUAUUGAAGAAGCGCUAUCAUCGUUUGGAGUACUUGCAGCGUUUGACUGCCACUGUAUGCGGCAUACUUAUCUACAAUAAUUGUGACCCGAAUGGCGAGCGGGAAAAUAUGCGCGACAUCUUAACUGAUAUUCAAAUGGCGAAAACGAAUACACGAGAAGCGCUUGAAGCCGCGCUAGAAGAUAUUGAACACUAUAUAGCGACUGGCACAGAGGCUAUCGGCAAUCUAAUACAGGUGGACACAAAAGAGAAGAAGGUCCAUUGCAAGUGGCCCAUCGAGAAAGUGCGCGAAAUCAAUAAAUAUGUCAUCUUGUUCAGUUCCUAUGAGAAAUUGCUGAAAAAUAUAGUCGAGGCAUUUGAAAAAACUGAAUAUCUAGUUAGUCUGGAUCAAAAGAAGAUGGACUGUAUAAUAGAGAAAAUCAAUGAGAUACUGAAAUAUCGCACAGCCAUCGAAUCGCAGUUGGUGUUCCCACAUUUUAAGUAUCUCUCGCAUUUGUGGACCUCCUUACUGCUGUCGCUAAGCCACUUAGCCGAACUGAAUCGGCUCAAAGAGCAGCUAGAUGAGUAUGUAAGCGAAGAAAUCAAGGAAAAUUUUCGUAAACUUUUAAAAAUAACCGAAGUGCGACGCAAAGUGGUGAAAAAGGAACUCUUAACAACAUUCGGUGAACUUAUGGAACGCACUAACAAGGCACAUCCGGUAAUGACGUCACUGCAGAAAGUGACGUUGAACUUUCAAAAUUACUGCGCGUUAAGCCUCGCACUAACCAACGGUUUGUUGACGCCCGCUUUGCUAACGAAAAAACUUUGCGAAGACUCAAAAUUUCGCUUCGGUUUUGCAAAUAUCGAAUACGCAAAAUAUGCCGAACGCUACUUCGAAGACUUCAUACACACACUGAAGACGGCAAUUUACACUUCCGUCGAUUUGAUUUUACUCUUCGGACUGGCCGAUGUGAUACUACAAAAGGACUUUGUGGACGAACGCAAGAAACGCAGGGGCAAACAAGUGUCGGCGAGUGGCACACAAACGGAGAUGGUUGUUGUUAACGAUCUCACACCAUCGAAUCGCAUAAAUGUCGCUUGGAACAAGUGGGACUUUCAUCGCGAAACCAUACACCUGGCGUACAUACGAAAACUGCAGACGCAUGCGCAGCAGACCGCUUUGUCCUUCGGCACUAUGAAUGCGCAAAACGAAUGCUUGCCAUUCGGACAUCGUACAAAUUGAUUGUUGUUUUUGUAGUGGCAUUGUUUUUGUAAUAAACGAGUGUAUGUUUGUA